AUGGUGACACGUGGACCUCUAAGGAUGACACUGCAACGGGUACGUGUCGACGUGCUGGGUGAACCGUUCUGUGCAUGGCACGAAACGCUAUGCAAAUGCAAUCCACUUGGCGUGGCACGAUCGCCGAGGCGUCUGUUUGAUUCAUCCAAUCAGCAAUCACCUACGACGAGGCUGAGGAUACUCCUCUACGCUGCGUACCGUACGAGCGGUUCUUUUACAAACCAGUCGUCAAAAUCAACGGUUUAA